CAUCAAAUACCAGUAAUCAGAUUAAUCAAUAAUCUCAAUCAAAGUGUUAUUAGUAGGGUUGGGCUUUAUGACGAAGCCUUUUGUUUCAGAGUUGCUCAGUGUUCAUCAUUGCUGUCUCAGGAUGUUCCAGUUAAUGCUGCUGUUCCUGACACUGUCAGGCCUCCAGGCUGUCCCACUUGCAGUCCCUAGACGUUUGCAGAGGACAUCUUCAACCCAAUGGCUUCCUGAGGGCUUUCAACAGGGCACUGAACACUUUGACAUCCGUGAACCUGUUCCUGACGGCUUCCGACAAGGUACCGAGCCCUUCAGGAGAUUCCUUGUUGACCUCAACACCGGCCUGGUGCAGGAACACAUCAGUGAACUGGACAGGAGAGUGGCUUUCAUCCGUCAUUCUCUGGGAAAUGGGUUUGGAGAAAUGGAGAGAAGACACUGGCUGACAGAUGAGGUCCCUGUUGAUGUUCCAGCCCAGCAGAAUGGUGGUGGUUGGGCCCGCGUGGAGGAACACUCUGCUCCUCAUAUUCCAGAUGGUUACAGACAAGGAACCGAACCCAUGAUGUCGAUCCCAGACGGUUUCAGGCAGGGAACCGAACCCAUGAUGUCGAUCCCAGACGGUUUCAGGCAGGGAACCGAACCCAUGAUGUCGAUCCCAGACGGUUUCAGGCAGGGAACCGAACCCAUGAUGUCGAUCCCAGACGGUUUCAGGCAGGGAACCGAACCCAUGAUGUCGAUCCCAGACGGUUUCAGGCAGGGAACCGAACCCAUGAUGUCGAUCCCAGACGGUUUCAGGCAGGGAACCGAACCCAUGAUGUCGAUCCCAGACGGUUUCAGACAGGGCACUGAACCCAUUCUUACAAUCCCAGAGGGAUUUAGACAGGGCACUGAACCCAUUCUUACAAUCCCAGAGGGAUUUAGACAGGGCACUGAACCCAUUCUUACAAUCCUAGAGGGAUUUAGACAGGGAACUGAAUCCCUCACCUCCAGACUCCAAACACAGACACAGACAGUGGCAUGUAAGGGGGAGGUCAUCAAUGAAAACUGCUAUGAGUUCAACUCCACGCCGCUGGCCUUCCAAGAUGCACAGGUCUUAUGCAGAGCUCUCGCCCCAAAUGCUGAGCUUGCAUCUGUAACCAGUGGUGACCUGCAUUCUCGCCUCGUCUCACUGGUGACCAAGGAUGGUGAGAGCAACCCUGUGUUGACCUGGCUGGGAGGCAUGGUCAAGAACCAGCAAGCAUUAUGGGUAGACGGGUCAGAGUGGAGUUACAGCGACUGGAUGCCAGGUCACCCCAACAUUCACACUGAUAAACCUGUCUGUGUGGAGAUGUUCAAGAUAGAUGAGAGCUGGUGGACGGCUGCCGACUGUGAACUGAAGAGAGCGUCCAUCUGCUCAUACCCAAUCACUGCAUGAAAACCACAAAGAAACACAGUGUGGCCCUCUUGAUUUGUUUCCUCUUGAAUAUCCUUAACAAUCUUCCCCACAGACAAUGUUGUUUCCAUUAGUGUGGGCUAUCAUAUUGUGCAUCUGUCUGUACUUGAAUAAAACUUGGCAUAUUA